CUCCAAACCAGUCCAGACGCUUUGACUACACCGCGACCGCGGACCUCGCCAUGUCGGCCGCCGUCUACGCCGUCCACGCGGCGCAAUGGGCCCAGCGCGGCGCGCUGAGCGCCCCAGGGCCGCGCAGGGAGUUCUUCAGCCAACUCAGGCUGAGGCUCCUGCGACAGGUGCCGGACGCACCACUGCGUUGCGCCGGGUGGAAGGAAGUGGCCUAUGGCACGAUGCUCCGACAGUGGGAGGAAGAGCAGGCCAAGAUUUUGGCCAAGACUUGGAAAGGCCGCCUGCAGGCCACCAAGGGUCGCUUGGGACCGGUCGUGGUCUCCUGCACCUCCAGCGUGGCCGUCUUCAUUACCAGUGACUUGAUGGUCCAAAAGGCCGUGGAGAAGCGCUCCGAAGUGGACGUGACCCGCACCAGCGUCAUGGGCCUCUUCGGCCUGGGCUAUGCGGGCUUUGCUCAGCACUUCCUAUACACACGCCUUUGGCCUUUCAUCCUCCAGGCCGCUCGCUUGUCGGGCCCCCGUGCGGUGGCCUUCCAGGUCUUGGGGGAUCAAGGCUUCUACAUGCCUCUGAUCUACUUGCCGAUCUUCUAUUCCACCAAGGAGAUGGCGUGCACCAACAAGCUGCUUUGGGAGACCGCCCAGGCGGGUGUGCUCCGCUGGCAGGAGAACCUCGCCGCGGAUCUCACGCUUUGCUCCGGCUAUUGGAUUCCCGUCCAGGCCUUGACCUUUGGCCUGGUGCCCAUCGGCUUCCGUGUCUUCUUCAUGUCCUUCGCCAGCCUCAUCUUCCAAGUCGGCCUUCAAACAGCGAUGCUACGCCGGCAGACUUGACCCCGGCAGGGCAACAGACUUGCGCCAGCCCUCCGGGAUGUGCUGGACAGAGCUGAUAACCGCUGCAUGGGGGUGCCAUGAC